AUGGGGGAGGGAAUGAACAAGUCAGGACACUGCUCGAAUUGGGGCUUGAACAGUGAUGGCCAAAUGAGAAGUCCUAAUGAACGAGUUCGACGAACUCAGAUGGGAGACAUCAAGCCUCAUAGACGUUUCGAGGUCUUGGUGGAUGUCAUCGUCGAGCCAUUGGGGAUCCAUCGCGUAGCUAAGACAUUGACUACAGGAGACGCUCAGCCUAGGGAUGGAUCCCGAGUAGAUGCAGAUGUAGGCACUUCUGCAUCAUCUACUGAACUAGUAGACCGGUCAGAGGCUAAGGGUACUGAUGAGGAGGAUGAUGACCGAGAUGAGGAUUUCUACAAUGUCCUCACUGGGAGAGACCAAGAGCAGCUAGAUAGGAAGAACUCCUUCAUGCAGAUGGACAGGACGUCUAUACUUGGAGAUACUAUAGAGUACAUGAAAGAACUCCUAGAGAAAAUCAACAGUUUGCAGCUAGAAAUUGAUCAAGGGAGUUCAAACAUUACGGGCAUUUUCAAGAUCCUGGUAAAACCAAAUGAAGUAUUGGUUAGAAAUUCACCGAAGUCUGAAUGUGGUAAUUCCACGCGUUGCCUUGGCAGUGAUGUGGAUUGGGGGAAUGUGGAUACAAUGAUUGAGAUUUGCUGUGCAGGGAAGCCAGGGCUGCUGCUAUCAUCAGUGAAUACCUUAGAAGUAUUAGGCUUGAGAUUCAACAAUGUGUCAUUAGUUGUUUCCAUGACUUUGCAAUGCAAGCUUCCUGCUCAGAGGCACCAAAUUUAA